CUUUGCAUCGCCGUCACAUGUUUGAUGAAUACAGUGCACUGGCCCAUGUUUGCCAUCAAAGUUUCAUUCAAACUGUCGGAAGAUAGGCUGGCAGCAUGGAUUUAUCAAUGGGGUCAGACAUUCACCGCCCCCACCCCGCGGCGUCUAUAUUCUCAAUUAUAUACCUGCAAAAUCAACCAUUUGGAAAACGACAGAGUCGCACGGCGGCUGCCUUUCGCCACCUUGUGUGACCUAGUACUGUUUUUCUCUUGCAAUGGGUAAUUGCUACUCUCAAAAAUCUGGGACGAUAAAUGACAGUCCCCGGCCCACUCACCAGGAGAUAAAUGGUAUCCCCCAGCCCCCUCACCAGGAGAUAAAUGGCAGUCCCCAGUCCACUCCCCCAGUUAAUUUCAAAAUCAAGCCCCGCAAUAUUCCUGCGACAGAAAUUAAAAAACUUCAGGAUUUCGCCAGUGGUACAGGCGGGCUCGGUGAUGUCUGGAUGUGUUCUUGGUCUCCACAAUCUCAGGCAGGGACAUCUAAGGUUGCGGUCAAAGCAGUUAGGGUCCCUCAAGCAAAUGAUAUAAAACUAGUGGCUACCACAAGCAAGAGGAUUCGUCGCGAGGCUUACGUUUGGAUCACCCUAGAGCAUGACAAUAUUCUCACCUUUAGUGGCGUCGUUGAUGGCUUUGGGCCACUUCCUUCGCUAGUUUCUCCGUGGAUGGAAAAUGGGUCGCUCGAUAGCUAUCUGAAACGGGGACAUGUUCUUUCCAAAACCGAAAAACUGAGAAUGUUGAGACAGAUGGCAGCUGGCCUCAAGUAUUUACACGACAAAGGAGUAGUUCAUGGCGAUUUGACAUGCACCAAUGUUCUCAUUGAUGACGAUGGGAAGCUCCAUCUUGCAGACUUCGGUCUCUCAAUGAUCCUUACAGAAUCACAAAACACUACCUUUAAUUCUUGCCAUCCAGGCAAUGCGCGGUGGAUGGCGCCCGAGAUGCUUGCCACACCUGAGGAAGGGAAAGUGGUGAUGCCAACCAAAGCCGCCGAUGUUUACUCAUAUGGUUGCAUCAUGCUUCAGCUGUUUUGUGGACAUGUACCUUACCACUGGCUAACGCAAGCGUAUCAUGUUAUUGGGGCAAGACUCUCAGGAACAGUACCCUUCCGCCAAUUCACUGACGUUGAAGAUGGACACAAGGAGUAUUCGUUGAAAUGCAUAUCUGUGAAUGUCAGAGAUCGACCAGAGGCCUCUGGGAUUGUCGAUUUCUUAGGAUCAGAGUAACGACAUAAACAGACUAGUCCAGGAUCAUGUGUACAUGUAAUGACGUCCAUGCUUGCUUCCCAAUUUACUACUGCCUGUUUACAUGUGCU